AUGGAGCUGACACGAACGACAAUUUUUGUAAUCCAAUCCCUCUAUGUCUCCGGGUAUCUAACGCAGCCUGAAGGAGCUCAUGGCCGCGUGGGUCGACCACGAGAGACGUUCUCGUGGAAUAAGGUCCGUGGCCUGAAGCACUAUAAAUGGUGCAUCGAGAUCCGACUCGCCCGUGGAGCCAAGCACGCGCAAAUGCAUCCGAUCAGUGACUUUCGAUGUAUUGCCUUAAAAGGUACAGGCGAUUAUGAAGGACGUGAAGGCCUCGUUCGUUCACGGGUCACUGAGCGAUGA